UUGGGUUGUGCCAAUAAUAUAUAUAACACGCUCCAUGUGCCUCCAGAGCACACCAAAACGCAACUGCCGUUCCCACAAUGGAGCUGUCCAAAAGUCUCAGAACCGCUAGAGUUGUUGAGGUAGUCUCAGUGGUUGUAGUGCUGGUUUUGCUGAGCACAAAUGGAGCUGAGAGCAGAAAACACUGGGUGUUCGAUUAUUUCGAGUACAGCGCGAUAAACUGCAGAGCUCACAGCGCAUCGUUGACGGAUUUUGGCGGAGUAGGCGACGGGACAACGUCAAACACCAAGGCGUUUCAGGCGGCUAUUGACCAUCUGAGUCAGUUCGCAUCCGACGGCGGAUCCCAGCUUUUUGUUCCUCCUGGAAGGUGGCUCACGGGAAGCUUCAAUCUCACUAGCCAUUUUACUCUGUACCUCCAUAAAGAUGCAGUUCUUCUUGCUUCUCAGGAUGAACAUGAAUGGCCUGUAAUCGACCCCCUGCCGUCCUAUGGUAGAGGAAGGGAUACUCAAGGAGGGAGGUAUAUCAGCCUAAUUUUCGGAACCAACCUCACUGAUGUAGUGAUAACAGGGGAAAAUGGCACUAUCGAUGGGCAGGGCGCCCUCUGGUGGGCAAAGUUCCACAAGGGAGAGCUGAAAUAUACGCGACCUUACCUAAUCGAGAUUAUGCACUCUGAUAAUGUUCAAAUAUCCAGUCUGACAUUGGUGAACUCUCCUUCUUGGAAUGUUCAUCCUGUUUACAGCAGUAAUGUUAUCAUUCAAGGACUUACCAUCACUGCACCAGUCACCUCUCCAAAUACUGACGGGAUCAAUCCAGAUUCUUGCACAAAUACUCGAAUUGAGGACUGCUACAUCGUCUCUGGAGAUGAUUGUAUAGCAGUUAAGAGCGGUUGGGAUGAAUAUGGGAUUGCUUAUGGGAUGCCAACCAAACAGCUAGUGAUCAGACGGCUCACCUGCAUUUCCCCAUUCAGUGCAACCAUUGCGUUGGGCAGUGAGAUGUCUGGUGGGAUCGAGGAUGUCAGGGCUGAAGACAUCCUAGCCAUUGAUACGGAAUCAGGAGUAAGGAUCAAAACUGCAGUAGGAAGGGGAGGGUAUGUGAAGGACAUAUAUGUGAGAAGCAUGAUCAUGAAGACAAUGAAAUGGGCAUUUUGGAUGACUGGAAACUAUGGCUCGCAUGCUGAUAAUAACUAUGAUCCAAAUGCACUGCCUGCAAUCCAGGGGAUCAAUUACCGUGAUAUGGUGGCAGAGAAUGUGACCAUGGCAGGUAGACUGGAGGGGAUUUCUGGUGAUCCAUUCACUGGAAUUUGCAUAUCUAAUGUGACAAUUGGGUUGGCAAAGAAGGCAAAGAAAGUACCAUGGACUUGUACUGAUAUUGCCGGGAUCACAAGUGGCGUUGUUCCUCAGCCAUGUGACCUGCUGCCGGACCAGGGACCUGAAAAAAUUGUAGCCUGUAAUUUUCCAACAGACUCCCUGCCCAUUGACACAGUUGAAGUCCAGACCUGCUCUUACUGGGGAAAGUAUUUGUAAGAGAGAUAUAUCAUGUGUUUAUGGCUUCAUUUCUAUGGAAUAUGAUAAUCUAUAUGGAUAGAAUGCAAAAGAAAAAAUAUAUAUGAGAGUUUAAGCUA